CCCCUCCAGGAGGCAAAUACGUUGGAGAAGUCAAACUGUCGGUACGGUUUCUCUGCCACCUGACCACCAGUUGUGAUUUCAAAUUAUCCAGGACGAGGUGUGAGCUUUUUUUUCGUCGCGCGUGUUUCCAUGACGACGUGAUGUAUUCUCGCGGUGCGUUGCUGCUACUUUGUUGCUUGUUCUUGAUACUGGCUGGCCACUGUCACGAGGAAAAUGUCAGCACCGUCACGGAGGAGAACGCGCUAGCAAAAUUGGUUAAAAUGUUCUCCAAGCCUGGAGCGUUUAAACGAAUUAACGCAAUAUUCGGUGAAAAUUCGAUCGAGGAGCUGUACACGUCUUGCCCGAAAGGCGAGGAGGGUCUCGAAUGCAGAAGAGCCGAGGCCAGACGAUCCGUUGACUGUCCUGAAGGUGACUGUUACUGCUACAAUUGCGCCGCAGCUGGUCCUGAGUUAUGGGCAUCCUGUUGUCGUGAAAGCUUGCGAUGCUGUUCACAUCUCGCGGCGGCCUGUCGAACCUGCGACCAUCCGACGUUGUAUCCGUUUUGCUCAAAACACUUUAAAAAAUGUCUGGUCGAGUUCAAUGAGGAGAAGCAAAAUUAAUAUUUGUUUCUCUAUAUCUUAAUGAAUCCUAGUUUCUCGCAUUUCAAUUGAAACUAAAUAACGAUUCUACAAAACAUAAGAAAACAGGAUAAAUCAUUAUACAGUGGCUCAUGAAAAUAAUUGAACACUUAUAGAGACUCUUCAUGAAUACAUUAUGCGCGUAAUACAAAAGAAUUUGAAAUUUCAUUAGCACUGUAAUGAGUAGGACGCGAAUUUUUAUUCAUUUAUAGAAAAUUUAAAAUUGCAAAAGCGCACAGGGUGCAUAUGACAUGCAACAUAUUCAAAGUAUAGUUAUUAUAAAACUAUUAAUUAGUUAGUAUAGUUGCCAUAAAACAAAGUAUACUUAUUAUAAUAUACAAUAAUUGAAAGAUGAAAAUUCCUACUUAAAUAUCAUUUCUUUAAUUAGAUUUGUAAAAAUACGGAUCUGUAUAAAAAUCCGUAGUCUAAUAAUCAGAUGAUACGACAAUAAUGAUUAUACUGGUAAAAUUUGGAACUUAAAAAUGUAUAUAGAAGUUAGAGAUAUACCAAAGUAAUUAAACAAUCUAUUAUUUAUAAUAUUAGUCAGAAAAUCAGCAAAAAUAGAGAUCAUAUUUUUCCUUUCCUCAAAUGUUAAACAUAAUCCCACAAAAUAUUGUAGUUUAAUAAUAUAAUAAAUAACUAAUUGUUUAAUUAUUUUUGUAUAUCUCGUUCUAUAUACAUUUUCAAAUUAGUUCCAAAUUUUACCAAUAGAUUCACAAUAAUCAUAUCUCAUUACAGUGCUAUCAGUUUUGACAAAUUUCGUAUAACGCACUUAAUAUAUCCAUAAAAAUUUUUCAUGACAACUAUUGUAAUACUUUUGCCAACCAUUGUACGUAAAUAGUAAUACUUUCUAAACUUUGAACCAGUAAUAAGAGAGAAAGAGAGAGAUUGUGACAAACGAAGAUACAUCUCUCUGCAGCGAUAUGUACUAUAUACUGUAACUAAAUAUAUACUAUAAUCACACUAGGAUACAAAGCAGGAAAUGGAAUUCGUAGAAAAUAGUAACGUAACAGGAAAGAAGGCAAGUUCGCGUAGGUUAACUAAAUCGGUAUCGUAUUCUUGCAUAAGUCGAAAGUUUUACGCCGGGUUUCUAAAUAUAGCGCUUAUCUUCCGACUUGCUAAACUGGUCCCCAGUUUCAAUUUUUUGCCACGUUACAUUUCGUACCGGCCAGGGCAGCGCGAGAAACGAGACGCCGCGAUAAAAUCGUACCUGAACUCGUGCUAGAACAUGGCUAAAAUACGCAUGCUUCGUUUUCAUUUGCGGGACGGCGUAUGAAGAGGAAAAGCAACAUAGCGGAUUCAUUGCAGAGGAGAGUGUAACAACGGAAAGGGAACCAUUAUAUCGUUCGAUAUCUUUGUAAUAAGGCUCGACGAUGAGAAAACGUGUCCGUGUACAGAGAAAAAAGAAUCAAUAAAAAGAAAAAGAUAAUAAGAACAAAAGGAGUAUUAGAAUUUGUAAUGACGAAAUUCUUGAGCGUUCAUAGGUCAAUGUACAAACAUAGUAAAAAAUUAAUGGUACCUCCUAAAGACUAAACGAUCGCAGGCCAUUUAAUCCGCCGCUUUAUAGGUAUCUUAACGAUUAUCGAAAACGUGUUCGAGUUACGCGAGUUACUGUCCAAGCGAUAGACAAGAAGUAACACAGACGGUUCGAUAAGUUACACAUUUACAAAAGUGUCUCGUCGAGAUUCGAAACGCACGAAAAUGACACAAACACUUGCUUCGAGAAAAUUCUUCUCUUCGACGGAUUUGUUUUCACUUUGUUUUUUUUCAUUCAUUUUUUUCUUUUACAUGUAACAUUAAAAGCUGACAACGUUUUUCGAGAGUACAAAUAAUAAAUCAUCACUCGAGAUACAA